AUGAAUUAAAGUUAUUUACUCUAAUUGUUUACCUAACCUAUAGCUGAAGGAUUGCCUAUUGUGGAAUUAGAUCAAUUUUUAGAUUAUAUUGCCAAAGUUUAAUCCAACCAAGAAAAUUAAUAAUCUGUGGAUUUAUACAUGGAGAACAAUUUCUCACUAAAAUUAAUUUUGAUAAUGAGAACGCUUUAUCAUUUUGAUUCAAUCAUGCAAAUGAAUCCUCAGAAAUAUAACCCUUAACGGUUCAAAUCAAUGGUUAUCUUUGCCACUCAACAACUAAGGAAACUAUCAUUAAUCACAUAAGAACAAGAUCAAUAAAUAAUAUUUUCUUUAUCCAUUCAUCUAGGUAUUAAAUAUUUCAAAUCUCAUUAUAAACUAAUAACCCAUUUAAUUGCAAUGGUAUUUGAAGCAUUUUAAGAGAAAAAUGAAUUAUUUGACUUUUUAUUGUAAUAAAUGUCGUAAUCCUUAGCUAGCAGUCACCAACAAAUGUCAACCUCUAUUAUAUCAAUAUUAUUUAUAUUGGAUUAAUUGUUGAGAUUUCUAUUUAAUAUAAGAACUUUGGAUUAAUAACUUUAAAUUAUAAUUGAACAGAUAUUUCAAUAAUUUCAAUUUAUUGAUUAUUCAAAAAUUGAUCUUUAGGUUGGGAAAACAUUAAGUAGUAUCAUAGUAGUAUGCAUUCAAAAGUACAAUUGUUACUAACAAGAAAAAUUAUUAAUAUUAUCAUAAGAUCAGCAUUUAUUAACAUUCAUUCAAAAGUAUAUAUUAUAAGACUAUAUAAUAACUUCUCACUUAGUCAAAUCUUUAUCCAUGCUAAUUAAAAACUAAUAAUAAGUUCAAGCUCAACUAAAAUUUGAUUCGCAGUAGGUCCCCUACUUAGCACAAUUGACUAAUUAAAUUUUACCUCUACUUAUUUAAUCAUUUUUGGAAAAAAAAUUUGAUCACUCUACAUCUUUAUCAGUCUUACAGUUUGUAAACGAAUGCUUAAGUUAUUCUUUUUCAUACGACUUUUUUUUAAAUAAUUAACAGCAAUUAUUAUUCAAUGUAAUUUUCGACAACCUAAUCUUUGAUGACGAUGAUCACGAAAAUUUUUAUGAAAACCCCACAGACUUUUAUGAGAAUAUCUAAGCCAUAAUUAAUUUUGAUAAUGACACAAUUAAAGGCUUAAUGGCAUAAAUUUUGGAUAAGCUUUCUUAAAAUAUUGAUGGAUUUUUAAAAAAUUAUUAUGAUUUGGCAUACGAAUUAUUGCUGUUUCAUUUUGAAGUAAUUCAAGAAACCUCAAUAUGCAAUAAAUUACAAAAAGAAAUAAUUUAAUGUAACUUUUUUACUUGUUCUCCUGAUUUAAGAUAUAAUACAAUUAUGUUGUCUUUUUGUAUUUUAAAUAAAUAACUUACAACCAGAAAAGAUGUUAGAUAGAGUAUAGAGUAUUUUUUAAAGCAAAAUUUAAAGUAUAUGAAAAAAAAGGCAGAUGCUCUGGGGAAAUGUUUAGGAAUGGAAUUCAUUAAAAUUUCUUUGCCUUAAAUAUUCUGUAAUUCUGACAGAUCUUUUACUAAAUGUAUAAAAUUCUGUUUCGGAAUCUUAAAUUAGUCAAAACAAAAACGAGGAGUAAAGUAAUUUGCAGUUAAAUGUCUGAUUUAUCUUAUGUAAAACUAGGAUAUUUAACAAAAAAUGGAAGAUUCAAUUGCAAUUUAGCACAAUGAAUUUUGUGUUUAAUUAGCAUAAUGCGAUCUUGACAUAUAUUAUGAAUUCACAUCAAUUGUAGUUUAGAAUUGUAAUGUAAUCAUAGAUACAUACCUUGAUGAUAUAAUGAAAGCAAUUGCAAAAAGAAUUGAUUUAGGUUGUAAAAAAAUCAAUUUGAAUCAGACUUAAUAUAUUAAUCAUACCUCAAUCGUUUUUAGUUGCAUAAAGAUUGUUGAUACUAUUUUGUCCUAACCAUAUACACUUAAAUAUACUGCCUAACUAGAACCCACUUUGAUUUAAAUCAUGAAUUUGUUAUUGCAACCAGAAAAUUUGUAGUUUAUAGAUGAGAUCUUUGAUGCUAGUGCCAAAUUCAUUGCAUAUACAAAGGGUUUGACAGAAAUAAUAUAUAUAAUUUAUGAUAGUUUACCUGGAAUUCUUGAGUAGGAAGGUAAAUUAACGAUUGAAAGUGUUUUCAGACUCUUUUUGUCAAGCACAAUUCAUGCUUCUGAAGUAAUAAAAUCAAAGCCUUAGUGGAUAUCAAUAUUUUAGAUGAUAAAAUUUAUAUAUUCUGAGCUUCAUAAAAAUGACUCAAUUGAAGAUAAUAUCAGAAUUUCAAUAUUAAUUCAAACAUUCUAUCAGUACUAUAAUUUAGAUGAGUGUUGUUUAUUGUUUACAGAAUAAUUUUAUAAAAUUCUUUCCCUCUAAUUGUAAUAAAAAGAAAUAUUGCCAAAGACGUUUAUUUCCAUAUUUAUGCCAGUUAUUAUGGAUAAUUCUAAAAUAUUGAAUGUGCAUUUAAGAUAAAUCAUCAUUAAUACAAGUGGCUAUAUAAACCUGACUUUCGGAAGAGCCUUAACAGUUUAUAAUUAUAAAUUUUACUUUACGAUCAUUCACUUUUUAAUUUUAAACUCUCACAUUCUUUAUGAAGAAUAACAUAGACAAUAGAUAAUUGAGUAAUUGUUUAAUAAUUUUCUCAAUAAAUAUGCUGCAUAUAUAGAGAAAAUAUCUUUUCAUUAAAAAAUUGGGAACCCAAACUUUUCAUAAUAAAUGGAAAAAAAUAUCCCAAGUUUUGAUUUAGAAUAUCAAGAUAAUCAACUAGAAUUACAUUUAAAAGAGAUGUCAAACUAUAAGAAAGAAAAUUAGAUUGAAAAACCAAACAUGAUAGAUCUUGAAACUACUCGCAUAAUGUCAUAAAACUAAUAAACUUAAUUAGUAUAAAAUAUUUUACAAUGUCUAAAAAUUAAUUAUCCAGCAGUAUUAUCCCAGCUCACACAGGCAGAUCAAUUUCUGUUAAAUUCAAUUUUAUAAAUUAAAGAAGUUGAUGCGUAGAAUUAGUUGGGAGUAAGAUAAAUUAUGAGUGUGAAAAAGUUUUAGAGAAAGAAUUAAAAUUUGAAAUAGUAUAAUGGUUUAAACAUUAUUUAAUACUUUUUAAUUUUAUUAACUGUUCUUUUUUAUGAUAAUUUUAACACAACAUCUCAUAAAAAAUAGAAAUGGAAUAAGUGCGUAAUUAUAACUAGCUUUUCAAAGAAAUCAAAUAUCCUAAAUGAAUAAUUUGAAGAAAUAUUGAAUUCUUUCAAUUUAUAAUCAGAGACGUUAAGAUACAAAAAAAUGAUAUUAGAUUCCUCACAGCCCAUAGAUAAUUAAAAAUAAAAUAGAAAAAAAUAUAAUAUUGUAGAUUUUAAUUAAAAAAAAGUCAAUUAGUUAACAAAAAUGAGAGCAAAAGUCGCGCAUUAAUAUUUGAAAGAUUAAAUUAUUGUAGGGAUAUUAUUUAAUUAAUGGUUGGUUCAACAAAAGAAAACAUUUUCAACUGCAAAUAAGAAAAGAUUAACUUUACCUAAUGACUUUGAGGAAAGCUUUCUUGAUUCUAAAUUAAAUGGUACACACAUUUCCUAAUUAAUUUUGAUCAAAUUCCAAUAUCCUCACGAUCAUAUUUGA